AUUUCAUUCUGAUUCUGUGUGACAUGCGUACCUACUUAUUUUUGUCCUUCAUUGAAAAUAUUUUCUUUGUUGCAAAUAUUUUAUUGGUCGACAUCUUACGGAAUUGAAUUUAUUUGAGUUUCGUUUUUGCUCAUCAGUAAUUUAACAUUACUUAUUUAAAAACGCAGGCAAAAUGGGUGCUGUUUUAGGACUUUGUUCAGCAGCUCAGCUGGCAUGCUGCUGUGGCAGUGCGGCAUGCUCAUUGUGUUGUUCCGCGUGUCCAUCAUGUGCCAACUCAACAUCGACACGGCUCAUGUACGCUGUGAUGCUUCUGUUCGUCAUGAUCACAGCGUGCAUCACUCUUGCUCCAGGACUUCAAACCGAAUUAAAAAAGGUACCAUUUUGUGCUAAUUCAAGUACACUGAUACCAGGGGAUCUUAAAGUGGACUGCAACCAAGCUGUUGGGUAUCUUGCUGUCUACAGAAUCUGUUUUGCGGCAUGCCUUUUCUUUGUACUUAUGGCUCUAAUAACAAUUGGUGUGAAAUCAUCUAAAGAUCCUCGAGCUGGUAUACAGAAUGGGUUCUGGGGCAUCAAGUACCUGCUUGUGAUUGGUGGCAUCAUUGGCGCUUUCUUCAUCCCCGAGGGUCAGUUCGCUUCCACCUGGAUGGUGUUCGGCAUGAUCGGCGGUUUUUGCUUCAUCGUUAUACAGCUCAUAUUGAUCAUCGACUUUGCCCACUCGUGGGCUGAGAAUUGGGUUUCCAAGUACGAAGAGAGCGAGUCCCGCGGGUGGUACGCCGCGCUACUGCUCGCUAUGCUCACGUGCUUCGCGCUCACUCUCACCGGCGUCGUGCUGCUCUAUGUCUUCUACACUAAGCCAAGCGGAUGCGACCUGUCCAAGUUUUUCAUCUCCAUAAACUUGAUCCUGGUAGUGGGUGCUAGUAUCAUCUCCAUACUGCCCGCCAUUCAAGAGGUGCAGCCGCGUUCCGGACUCCUACAGUCUUCGGUGGUGUCCCUCUACGUCAUAUACUUAACUUGGUCCGCGCUGGCCAACGGUCCAGCCGAUUGUAACGCCGUGUCUGGAAAUGAGUCAUCGUUUGACAAGCAAUCUAUCAUCGGCCUUGUGAUCUGGGUGUGCAGCGUGGUCUACUCCAGCAUCAGGACCGCCUCCUCGUCGUCCAAGAUCACCAUGUCCGAACACAUCCUGGCCAAGGAGGGAAGUGGAGGCCAAGGAGGGCUGAUCGCUAACGAAGAGGGCGCUGAUGGCGGUGAGUCGGGCCGCGCCGAGACCAAGGUGUUCGACAAUGAGGGCGAUGGCGUGGCGUACUCCUGGACCUUCUUCCACGUCGUGUUCGCACUUGCCACGCUCUACAUUAUGAUGACUCUGACAAAUUGGUUCAAUCCCAGCUCAGAGCUAUCCAAGACCAACGUAGCCUCCAUGUGGAUCAAGAUCACGUCGUCGUGGCUGUGCGUCGGCCUCUACGUGUGGACUCUCGUCGCGCCCGCCGUCUUCCCCAACAGGGAAUUCAAUUAAACUUCACAUUCUUGUCGGAAAUAAGGCAUAUAUGCACAGACAUUACACCUUAUUACCACAUUAUUAAACCUAGCCGGAUCACACUAGUUGAAAUUUACCUAUCAGUAACAAAAACUUGCCAAUAAUGUAACGAUACAUUGGAUUAGUUUUGGCAUUUUUUCAAUUACUGUUCUACUGUGAGACUAUCGAUACAGGAUAAGCGCAUUUAUUUUUAAACUAGCUAAAAACCAAACGUGUAGAUGUUUGUAGUCUUGCAUGUCUGUCAUUUAUGCCCCAGGAUCCUCCGGAGUGUUUGUAGGAUCAGACUUGCUAUUUCCGCCUACACUUACGUAUGUACUCGAUUUAGUAGUACUUUUAUCGAAUUUGCAAUGAACAAAUUAAAAGGACUAAAGAGCGACCUUUGAAAAUUACUGUUAUUAUUGUAAACUGAACUGCUGGAUAGCUUCGGUAAGAGCAAAGAAAAUAAUGUUUAUUGUAUUAAAGCAAGGUUCUCAUUCAGGCAACAUGUUUAAAGCAAGAGAUUUAUGAAGCGGCAAAAUAAUUUUCACGUAUUUCAUAGCCGCAUAAUGCACUCCAACCACUAAUAAGAAAAUAAGUGCAUUUUUAAGACUUAACUAGUCUCUUGAUGCUUAGAGAUGUGCAAUCUUAAUAUACUGUAGAUCUCGUUCGUAACUAUAACUACUACAUAAUAUAUUCGUAUCAAACUUUUCUUAUACUUCUACUCUUAAACAUUUUUCCUUGUCUUAAUUAGUGAUUUUCUAUUAUUACUUUCUAGAAAUAUUGAUUAACAUGUGGUCGUUAAUAAUGUAAAUAUGUUUUUUUAGUAUGAUUGGUUUGUCUUAUUUUUUUUUAUUUAAAUCCUUAGAUAUAAGUUAAUUCUUUAAAUGUACCAUUAGAAAUAUUAUCGAAAUAAAAACCAUUCAUCCAUUCAA